AAUCUCAAAGCACUCCCCAGAAAAGCUCUUCGAUAGAAGAAGACGAAGGAGAAGAAGCACGACGGCAAUGGCGCUCGAGCGGAAUCCCUCCGCCGAGGAGAACAACAUGUUUCUGGACAUUUUGCAGGAGGCUCCGUUGUCGGUUCAUCGGCAGUCUUUGAACGUGUUCGCCAGUGUUGUGUAUUGUUUUGUAUUGGCAGGUUGCGUUGUUGUGGCUGCAGGAGCUCCAUGGAUAUUUCUCUUCAUAUCGAAAUUAAUCCCGACUUUGCUUUGCAGUUGUAAUGUUAUUCUUCUCCUAAUCACAGGCAUAUUUCAGCAAUAUUGGGCCUAUCAAGUCAAGAAAGUACGCUUGCAGGGCUACUACAUCUUCAGUCAGAAAUUAAAGCACAUUGCUCACCUUCCAUUUGCUGUCGCAUCAUAUGGGACUGGUGUGAUGUUACUUGUCAUAGUGUGGCAACCGCAUAUACGGAUUCUGUCACUAUCAACAGCAUUGAGGAUAGUUUUGUUUGUUGAAGCCAUUUGUGCUGGAUGUUUCAUGAGUUUAUAUAUAGGUUGUGUCCAUCAGUACAAUUCCCUAAAUGGUCAGCCAGAUGUUUUGAAGUCACUCUAUUCUGCCUUGCAACCAUCCAGUUCAUUGGAAGACUUGAGUAGGUAUCAUGAUGGUGGACGCCUAUCUGAUCAGCAAAUGGCACUUCUGCAAUACCAGCGAGAAAACCUUCAUUAUUUAAGCGAGGAGGUUCUUCGUUUACAAGAAUGCUUAAGUAAAUAUGAGCGAUCUGAGGAUGGAAGUACACCACAGGUAGACCUUGCUCAUUUGUUAGCUGCUCGUGAUCAAGAACUAAGAGCACUAUCAGCCGAGAUGAAUCAAGUGCAGUCAGAGUUACGACUUGCCCGCAGUCUGAUAGCUGAGAGAGACUCCGAAAUCCAACAGCUUCAUCUAACCAACAACCAGUAUGUCAAAGAGAACGAGAGAUUACGAUCUAUACUGAACGAAUGGAGUGCGCGAGCAGCAAAGCUUGAACGUGCAUUGGAGGCGGAGCGUUUAUCGAACAUCGAAGUGCAUAAGAGCUCGACGAAGCUGCAGAGCCAUACCACCGGCCAGUCUCCGACACGCUGAAUCGCCGGACAUUAUUGAUUUUGUACAUAUUGUUCAUAUCUUUGUGCUAAUGAAUUGGUAUACUCUCUACAAUGACACAUUUCAGUUCUGAAUGGAUGAUUCUCUGCAACAAUGUAUUGUAAAUGGUAAAACUAGUUCUCUAUAAAUUUAUAGAUAUACAAUUUUAUUUUAUUUUUUAAAA